AUGGACACCACCAACCCACGGGACAUUCAACCCAUAGCCUCAACCUUCCCCGACCGGGGCCCAGCCGUCUUCGCAGUAACAACCGCCACGCUGGGGCUAGCGACCCUGUUCGUCGCCGCCCGGCUGGUCUCACGCAUCGGCCUGGUGCGGCGCACGGGCUGGGAUGAUUAUAUGAUUGUGCUGGCGUGGCUGUUGGCGGUGUUUCUGGGGUUGAGUAUUGAUUUGGGGACGAGGGAGGGAUUGGGGAGACAUGAUGAGGAUAUUGAAGACGAAAGAAGGGGGGUGUUGAGGAUGUGUGAAUAUGUUUUUUCUAUUCUUUAUAACCCCGCGCUCAUGGCAACCAAAACCUCCAUCCUCAUAUUCUACCUCCGCCUCUCGAAAAACACCCAAAAAGUCCUCCGCCUCGCCUCCUGGGCCGUUUUGGGAGUUGUCAACCUCGCCGGCACCAUCCUCACCUUCCUCAACAUCUUCCAAUGCACGCCCACCCGCGCCGCCUGGGACAUCCACACGCCCCCCAUCCGCUGCAUCCCGCUUCUCACCGAGUUCAUCUGCUCAGCCCCCGUCAACAUCACGACCGACCUGGCCAUUCUAGCUCUGCCCAUCCCCGUGCUGACGGGUAUGCGGCUACCGCCGCGGCAGAAGACCAUUUUGGUGUUGACGUUUACUCUGGGGGUGUUUGUGACGAUAGUGGAUGUGGUGCGGAUUUAUUAUCUCCAGCAGGCGAUCGAUCAUGUGCCGACCAGUGCAUCGGCGGAUCCGUCGGCGGCGUUUGGGAUGAGUGUGGAUUUCUCGUGGAAUGCUUCGUUCUCGUUGAUGUGGUCGGCCGUGGAGGUCAAUGUGGGGAUUAUUUGUGCGUGUAUUCCGACGUUGAAGCCGUUGAUUAUUCGGAUUCUGCCGGCGAUGAUUAUUGAUCCGGAUGGGACGUUGAGGAGUAGUACGGGGACGGUUGAUAGUACUACGGCGAGUGCGAAGGAUGAGCGCGGAGGCGUAGCUGCUGGAGGAGAGUCGGUGGGGAUUCAGGUGGCUAUUCCGGCUCCGACGUUGUCGUUGACACCGCCGGCUGAGGAGGAAGAUACGGCGUCUCCUUCGCUGCUUGGUCUGGGGUCCCAAUCGGGGUCAGAAGAUAUCUCGAUCCGGGAUUUCCUCGCUACUACCUCUCCGAAUCCCACUCACCCUUAUCAUCACCACCACCACCACCAUCACAGCCAUCAUAAUCACAACCACCGCCGUUCCAUCCUCACCGACACCACAACCAUGACGACCACCACCUCAGCAACCACCAACACAACAGCCCACCGCCACUCCUGGCAAUCCCGCCACUCCCGCCGAUCCUCCCGACAAGUCUACUUCGGCUUCGUCAACAUGCGCCCCCCCAAAAACCUCCUCACCACCUCCCUCCGCGACUCCCUGCGGUACGGCACCGUAACCAGCAUCCUGUUCUUUCUCUGGGGGUUUUCCUACGGUCUGCUCAAUACCCUCAACAAUGCGGUGGCUGCGGUGGCGAAUAUGACGCAGGCGCAGACGCUGGGACUGACGGCGGUGUAUUUUGGCGGGGGGUAUUUGUUGGGACCGUUGUUGGUGGGCGGGUGGUUGUUGAGACAUGAUGAACAUCAUCGGUUGAGGGGGGAGUGUGCAAGGACUGCUGAGGGGGGUCUUAAUGGGGAUCCUGAUCCAAAUCUUGGAGGGGACAGGGUGAGAGCCACACGAAGACGGCCCGGACGAAGAAGACCCCGACGAAGAAGAACCGGAGACGAGUCAGUUGGCGGGUUUAAAGCAACCUUCAUUGCAGGCCUCUGCAUCUACGGCGCCGGUACCAUCAUGUUCUGGCCCGGAGCCGUCGUGGGAUCCUACGGCGGGUUCAUGGCCAGCAGUUUCGUCGUCGGUUUCGGACUCGCCGUGCUCGAGACAGCCGCCAACCCCUUUCUCAUCCUCUGCGGUCCGCCCGAGUACGCCGAUGCCCGGCUGCUGCUUGCUCAGGCCGUCCAGGCCGUUGGGAGUGUCCUCAGCGGUUUGCUCGCUGACCGUGUCUUUUUCGCUGCUCGUCUCGAACGGGGCCACUCCGACUCUUCAACUUCUUCCCCCGGGUCCUCCUCCACCAUCCUCAUCGAAGUCCAAUGGACCUACCUCGCCAUCACCUUGUCGUCUGUCCUCCUCGCCCUCUUCUUCUUCUACAUGCCCCUCCCCGAAGUAACCGACGCCGAGCUCGCCUUCUCCGCCGCCCACCGCUCCCGCAACCUCCCCAUCCCCCCCGAACGCAAAUCCGUCGCCGGUAUCUCCCUCCGCACCUGGGCCCUCUCCCUCGCCGUGCUAGCGCAAUGGUGCUACGUCUCAGCGCAGGAGAACAUGUCGCUGUUUUUUGACCAGCUCAUCUCGGCGUUUGUGACCCCCGUGAAUGGCGAUCGGGAUGCGGCGUUGGCUUCUCCGCAGGCGAGGGGGGCCGCGGGAGGUGGAGGGCCCGGUGGGUUGGCGUUGUCGUUGCCGAAUUACUUGUUUGUGGCGCAUACGGCGUUUGCGGUGUCGAGGUUUGCGGCCGCGGGGGUGUGUAUUUGGGCUGUGCAGCGGGAGCAGAACAAGUCUCCUGCAUUAUCCCCAUCAUCACAAGCAGUAUCAUCCUCCGGUUCUUCUCCCCCAGCACUACCCGACGACAACCUCACCAUCAACCCCCCCAACAACCCCAACACUCACAAAACCAACAAAUAUACCAACGCCCCCUUGACCCUCCUCCUCCUCUCCAUCCUCCUCUCAACCCUCUCUCUUCUCACCGCCCUGACCCUCCACCCCUCAACAACAAACCCUAACCUCGCCACCCUCCCCAUCCUCCUCUUCUUCUUCUUCGAAGGCCCCAUCUGGCCCCUCAUCUUCUCCCUCGGCCUACGCGGUCAGGGAGUCCGUACUAAGCAGGCCGCUGCGUGGUUGACUAUGGGGGGUUGUGGGCCGGGGGUGUGGCCUUUUGUUAGUUAUGGGAUUUUGCAACGAAGUCAGGGAGGAGAAAGGAAUGUGCAGGUGUCGUUGGUGGUGGUUGUUGUGUUGAUGGCGGUUGCGGGGGUUUAUCCGGGGUUUUUGAUGGUGGUUAGGGGGGGAAGGGAGAUGGUGGGGUUGCAGAUGCCGAUCUCUGGAAGGUCUGGAAGGGGAGGAAGUGGUGAUGAUCAUGAUAUGGGUGGCCGUAACGGUAACGGCAACGGCAACGGCAACGAUAACGGUAACGGUAACGAAAGCGACGACGACGACGACGACGACAACGACGACGACAACGACGACGACGACGACAACGACGACGAUAACGACGACGACAACGACGACGACAACGGCACCACCACCAGCAGCAGCAGUGGUCACAACAACGACAUUGGACAGACCCAGCAGCAUGACAGCAAAAACCGCGGUUCACUCAGCCAGCAUUUGUUUCCUGGCUGGUCGCAUCAUCACAACACCACACGAUCGUCGCACCAGGCACAGCAGAGUGGGCACAGAGAGGAAAAGGAAAAGGAGGAUGCGCCGUGGGAGAGUCAGGUGUUGGAUACGAGAAUUUUGCGGGAUAUGCCUUAG